GCCUGCACUCUUCUGUGAAGGCUUUCCACUAGAUGUUGGAAAAUUCCUGCAGGACUUGUUUCCAUUCAACCACAAAAGCAUUAGUGAGGUCGGGCACUGAUGUUGGCCGAUUAGGCCUGGCUCGCAGUCUGCGUUCCAAUUCACCCCAAAAGUGUUCGUCAGGGUUGAGGUCAGGGUUCUGUGCAGGCCAGUCAAGUUCUUCCACACCAAUGGAAAGUUCCACUUCCACUGCCAAACCUAGAUUCGUCCGUCGGACUGCCAGACGGUAUGGCGUGAUUCAUCACUCCAGAGAAUGCAUUUCCACUGCUCCAGAGUCCAAUGGCGGUGAGCUUUACACCCCUCCAGCUGACGCUUCGCAUUGCGCAUGGUGAUUUAAGGCUCACGAUGCUCACGAUGAACAGUUAUUGUGCUGACAUUGCUUCCAGAGGCAGUUUGAACUCGGUAGUGAGUGUUGCAACCGAGGACAUACAAUUUUUCCAUUCCAUUCUGUGAGCUUGUGUGGCCUACCACUUUGCUGCUGCACCAUUGUUGCUCAUAGACUUUUCCACUUCACAACAACAACAUUUACAGUUGAUCGGCAGCUCUAGCAGGGCAGAAAUUUGAUGAACUGACUUGUUGGAAAGGUGGCAUCAUAUGACGGUGUCACGUUGAAAGUCACUGAGCUAUUCAGUAAGGCCAUUCUACUGCCAAUGUUUGUCUAUUGAGAUUGCAUGGCUGUGCGCUCAAUUUUACACACCUGUCAGCAACGGGUGUGUCUGAAAUAGCCGAAUCCACUCAUUUGAAGGGGUGUCCACAUACUUUUAUAUAUACAGUAUAAUGUAUGUCUGAGACUAUAAUGGAUAAUCUUAUGCCUUGAUUUCAAAUGUUAAAGAACGAAUGUUUAUCGAUUGUUGAUAAAUCGACAGCAUUUAAAAAAAUACAAGCCUAAAUAUUAUUUUUUGCUACAGCAAUGAAAAUGAUUCGUUUGAAUAAAAUUGACAGGUUGGGUAAGAUUUUUUUAUUUUCUUUAACCAACCCUUCAACGAUUACAUUAACUGUAGCCUAUACAUAUAAUGCUUAUAUUGUUUGAUGAAAAUGUGAUAAAUGCUGUAAAAAUUGGAUGCCUCUACAUGGUGAAUUGAAUAAGUAGACAUAACUGCAAAAUUGUUUCUAAAUGUCUCUCGGAAUAAAAGGAACAUGUGUGGUGGGAUGGGCAGAGACGAAAAAGAUAGCGGGAGGAGGGAAAGAGAUAGGGAGCGAAAGAGAGAGGGGGGAGAGAGAGGAAGGAGGGGUUUCUAUGAGUCCACGUCGUCCCUCUAAUUAGCUCACAGUGUCUGUAAAAUAAAUCAGUGUAGCGGCUUCACCCCGGCUCAACUGCAGCACGCGCCUCUUAACCUGCUCCUGGCGCGUCAAAAAAGAAGGGUCCGCGCGAUCUACCUUGACAUAAACUGAGGCGCGCAAUUGUCACGAGGAGCGCACUAGAAAUGUUUGGUUUUUUCGAUAAGUCAGUAAAGUGAGAAAGAGUAAGAGUAAAAAGACAGAAAGACAAAGAACUUUCCGAUAUCAAGAUAUCCUUGUCACUUUUACGCACUUGGCGAGGUUGACUUGAAGCGAGGCCUAAAUUUACCGACCAAGAGGGACUGGUGGGAAAUAGCCAAGUCUCCCAAGAACGUCCGGUCGUGUGUGUCAAUUCAGAGAGACGACCAAGUGAGCGAGAAGGCAUAAAAGCCCGGCGCGAGGAUGAUGUCCUACAUUAAGCAACCCCAUUACGCCAUGAACGGGCUAAACAUGUCUGGGAUGGACCUGCUACACACCACGGCUGGAUACCCAUUCUCUGUGUCUCUGGAUUUCUCAGCCACCCCACGAAAGCAGCGUCGCGAGCGAACCACCUUCACACGCACUCAGCUGGAUAUCCUGGAGGCCUUGUUCUCCAAGACCCGCUACCCCGACAUCUUCAUGAGGGAGGAGGUGGCCCUCAAGAUCAACCUCCCCGAGUCACGCGUACAGGUGUGGUUCAAAAACCGCCGCGCCAAGUGCCGCCAACAGCAGCAGCAGAGCAGCGGCCAGUCCAAGCCCCGCCCGCCCAAAAAGAAGGCGUCACCAGCCCAGGACCAGCCCGGCGCCGGCCCAGACCCCUCAGCCAACAACCCCUCUGGUUCCUACAGCCUCUCCCCAGCCCCAUCGGGCCCCUCCCUGCCGCCCAGCGGCAAGAACCCUGGCAACGCAGCCGUCUCCAUCUGGAGCCCGGCCAUCUCACCACUCCCUGACCCUCUGGCCUCUUCGGCGCCCUGUAUGCAGCGGCCCUCUGCCUACCCGAUGAGCUACGGCCAGCCGCAGGCCUACGCCCAGGGCUAUGCCCAGGGCUAUGCCGGCACCUCCUCCUACUUCACGGGCCUGGACUGCAGCGCCUACCUGUCGCCCAUGCAUUCGCAGCUGUCGGCUAGCGGUGCCCUCAGCCCCAUCACCGUGCCCUCAAUGGGGGGUUCACUGAGCCAGUCACCCGCCUCGCUCUCCUCCCAGGGCUACGGCACGGCCGCCUCGCUGGGCUUCACCUCCGUCGAUUGCCUGGACUACAAAGACCAGCAGGCCUGGAAGCUGGGCUUCAGCACCAUGGACUGCCUGGACCACAAAGACCAGAAUUCCUGGAAGUUCCAGGUGCUGUAGAGAGAGUGGGAAGAAGAAGAGGAAGAAGAAGAAGAGGGAGGAGUUGUGAAUGAAUGAGGCUCUCGCCAGAUAUACAGUACGAUCAAAUGGUUCUGACUGAACACUUAUUUUUUUCUCUACGUUUCUCGUUUGUAAGCUUGGUUUUUACAACCCCUGUAGAAUGUGUUUUCUAUUCAGGGGAGAGAGGAGAAGAGAGACCAGGGGACAUUAUUGAUACCUCCUGACUGUGAUUGCAGGAUAUCAGGUCCAUUUACUUCCUCAUACAGUAGAAGGGAAGGAUGCCCCUGAGGAUCACACUAUGGGAAAGACUCGCAGCUAGAAACUGAUUUAAACACACACCAUGGUUCAGAUGCAUUGAUUGGUCUGUGAUGGAAAGACAUCCUCAAGAGAAUUCUAUUGAUACAGCCACGCUAAACUCAAUCGUUCCUCUGAUGUUUUUUCUGCUGUUGAUGGCUUGAGUUUUGUUUUCAAAAAACACAACAAUAGAUCACAUUUACAGAGCUUUGAUACUCUCUUAGUCUCUCUCUUUUUUUGUUCUGAAAAACCGUCAGUGUUAAUUUGAGUUUAGUCAUUGUUAUUCUAUGUUACAAUUUAGAUUUUCAUUUGGUUACUUUUAGGCUUUUGGAGCUAACGUGUUACUAUGGUGUUAGGCUAGCAUCAUUGCUAUUAUAUUUUGAUGGAGAAAAAAAAGUAUAUGUUUGGUUGUGUGAAAUAUUAGAGCUAACUUUGAAUCUACAUUUAUGCCCAACAAAAAUGAUUGUGAUUACAAGUUUGAGUGACAUUUUGGUUUCACAAUUUAUAGGAAGUGAUCAGGUUUGCAUUCAAACGUACUGUACAUCAUGUAUUGGUAUUCCGAAUCGAAAUGAGUUCAGUUCAAGGACAUGACUGACCCAGAAGUAAACAAGUGACCAGUUGACUUCUGAUGAUAACAGUCACCAUGUUGUUAGUUAGUUAGCUAUGGUUUCUAUUGUGUUUCUUAACAGUUUCUGUCGUGUUUCCACCUUGGCCCACAUGGCUCUCCAGUGUAUCUUGCUGUCGGUUAUUUUUGCUCAUCUGAUUCUGGAGGGGCUCAAUCCUCUUACCCUCCCUUCAGCAAUGUUCUAAGUGAAUUAGUCAGGAUUACCCCUCUGUCUCUCUUUCCUUCUCUCUAUCUCCCCAUCCUUCUUUCUGUCACCAUCUUUCUGUCUUUUUCCCAUUUCUGUAACUCUUUAUUCUCUCUCCCUCUGUCUCUAUUUCCCCACCUCUGCCUCUCCCUUCUCCCUUUCCCUCAGUCAGUGAGUGACAUAUAACAAGAGGAAAACUGCUGAUGCACAACCAAGUUUCAAAAUUGCACCUUGAGUAUUCUACUUUUCUAACUCUCAACCGUAAAUUGAGACCCUGAUUGAGUUCCGAAAAUGUUUGUUUUUGUUUUUUUAUUUUUAGAAAGUACAGAGGUCCGGACCUCAGUGCCCUCAUAUGUAGCUACGGCCUUGGUCUCUUUCCCUGUUUAUCUGUCUCUCCGUCUACAUGUCUCUCAAUCUUCUGGUCUCAAUCACUUCUCUUCUCUCUGAACAGGCAAAGUAUACCAUAAACUCUAAUAAAAGGUAGACGCCCUUGAUGAUAAUGCUAUACGGAAAAGACUUAACUAUAAACUGAUUUGAAACACUCAGGCCAUGGUUAAAACAUAUUACAGCUGAAUUCAAACUCUGCUAUCACGGAGGACAAUGUAAUUACUUCCCCUUUCUUUCCUUCCACUAAUGUCUCAAUGUCAAAAAAACAAUCAAGGCUAUCAUCUGUGACAAAGUAUUGUCUAUUGUCCUUCUUCCUAUGUGCAACCCCUCCCCUCCAGCACAUCUCUUCUCCCCCAUUCCUACCAGUCUCUUACCCCCCUUUUGCCUCCCUCCACACACCCACUACUCCACCUCACCCUCCUCUUCUGACAACCCAGUAAUCCCUAGUUGACCUGGUUACAUGCCAUGUAAUUUGACUUCAAGGGGAAAUUUGUGUGAGUGUGUAUACUUGUAUGUGAGUGUUUGUGAGUACAACAUGUGUACGUGAUGUGUAUGCGAUGUGUGUGUGUGUAUGUCAUAACAGAGAUGGGGACUGAGUUCACUGAGUUACUCUGCAGCAAUGCUCCUAUCAAUGCUCCUAUCGUUGCGCAUAAGACGUCUUCAUUACGAAUGUGUGUUGGAAUCUAGACUCGGCAAAAGACAGAUUCCAUAACAUAUUUGACAGUGUCUGGAGAUAACUAUAUUUCUCAUGUGGUGACAGGUUAACAAUUUGGUACUUUAAGUUUGGACAAAUGGGGACUCUAAAAAUGAAUACAUAACCUAUUAAUUUAUAGAAUAACUCUAUUUUUCAGAGAGCAGCAAAUGUAUCUAACAAUGUUGGGAAUGAAUAACAUAGGAGUGGAUUUGUCAUUUUCCUCAACUGAUGAAGUGUUCAUUUGAACACAAGCAUUAUACAGUAUAGUAUUUAGACGUAAAAGGGAAACUAGAGAGAUUUCCAUAGCGCACUGAAUACGCACACGGCAUACCCACUCAACUCGCUGGGUUAAUCCCACUCCGCGCCACGUUAAUCCCUCUGCCCUCCCUCUCUGUGGUCUGAUUGGUUAAUCCCUGCCCUCUCUGUCUCUGUCUGCGUCCUGAUUGGUUAAUCUCUUUCGGAGGGUGCAGUGCGGUUGUAAUCUGCUGGUCGUCAGCACGGAUAGAUUCAGACAGACAGACAUGUUGCCGGUAAUCUCUAAAAGGAGCA